AUGAGACUCUCCAAACCCCUCACUUUUUUGCUUUGGCACCUGGCUUGGCUGGACCUGGAAUUUAUCUGCACUGUUGUGGGGGCCCCUGACUUGGGCCAGAGACCCCAGGGGACCAGGCCAGGAUUGGCCAAAGCAGAAGCCAAAGAGAGGCCCCCUCUGGCCCGGAAUAUAUUCAGGCCAGGGGGUCACAGCUAUGGUGGGGGAGCCACCAAUGCCAGGGCAAAGGGGGGCACCGGGCAGGCAGGAGGCCUGACACAGCCCAAGAAGGAUGAACCCAAAAAGCCGGCCCCCAGAUCGGGUGGCCCCGAACCCAAGCCAGGACACCCUUCCCAGGCAAGGCAGGCUGCAACGCGGACUGUGACCCCAAAAGGACAGCUUCCUGGGGGUAAGGUAUCCCCAAAGGCAGGAGCUGUCCCCAGCCCCUUCCUGCUGAAGAAGGCCAGGGAGCCUGGGGCCCCUCGAGAGCCCAAGGAGCCGUUCCGCCCGCCCCCCAUCACGCCCCACGAGUACAUGCUCUCGCUGUACAGGACGCUGUCCGAUGCUGACAGAAAGGGAAGCAACAGCAGCGUGAAGUUGGAGGCUGGCCUGGCCAACACCAUCACCAGCUUUAUUGACAAAGGGCAAGAUGACCGAGGUCCUGUGGUCAGGAAGCAGAGGUACGUGUUUGACAUCAGUGCCCUGGAGAAGGAUGGGCUGCUAGGGGCCGAGCUGCGGAUAAUGCGGAAGAAGCCCUCAGACACAGCCAAGCCAGUGGCCCCCAGUAGCGGGCGGGCUGCCCAGCUGAAGCUGUCCAGCUGCCCCAGCGGCCGGCAGCCGGCAGCCUUGCUGGAUGUGCGCUCAGUGCCAGGCCUGGACGGAUCUGGCUGGGAGGUGUUCGACAUCUGGAAGCUCUUCCGAAAUUUUAAGAACUCAGCCCAGCUGUGCCUGGAGCUGGAGGCCUGGGAACGGGGCCGGGCUGUGGACCUCCGUGGCCUGGGCUUUGACCGGGCUGCCCGUCAGGUUCACGAGAAGGCCCUGUUCCUGGUGUUUGGCCGCACCAAGAAACGGGAUCUGUUCUUCAAUGAGAUUAAGGCCCGCUCCGGCCAGGAUGAUAAGACUGUGUAUGAGUACCUGUUCAGCCAGCGGCGAAAGCGGAGGGCUCCCCUGGCCACACGCCAGGGCAAGCGGCCCAGCAAGAACCCCAAGGCCCGCUGCAGUCGGAAGGCGCUGCAUGUCAAUUUCAAGGACAUGGGCUGGGAUGACUGGAUCAUCGCACCCCUUGAGUAUGAGGCCUUCCACUGUGAGGGGCUAUGUGAGUUCCCCUUGCGCUCCCACCUGGAGCCCACGAACCAUGCCGUCAUCCAGACCCUGAUGAACUCUAUGGACCCCGAGUCCACGCCACCUACCUGCUGUGUGCCCACGCGGCUGAGUCCCAUCAGCAUCCUCUUCAUCGACUCCGCCAACAACGUGGUCUACAAGCAGUAUGAGGACAUGGUGGUGGAGUCUUGUGGUUGCAGGUAGCAGCACUGGCCCUCUGUCUUCCUUGGUGGCACAGCCCCAAGAUGCUGGUCACAAGAGCCCCUCCUCGCA